AUGGCGCGGCGUACCCAAAUCGCAGUUUCCGGAAGUUUCCAUGGUGUUCUAGGCAGUUCGGUCGAAACUCUCCUCCUCUUUCUGUCUCCCAGAAAGUUCGAUCGAAUCUCACCGUGUUGCGUUCCACGCACACAUUCCCCCUCUGCUGUCUGCUCGCUACCCGUUCUGAGGUUCGAAAUCCCCAAAUCUUCUCGCGGAUCAGCGGGGGCCGUCGGCGACGAGCGCGAGGCGGACAUGUCCUACCUGCUGCCACAUCUGCACUCGGGAUGGGCGGUGGACCAAGCCAUCCUCGCCGAGGAGGAGCGGCUUGUCAUCAUCCGCUUCGGCCACGAUUGGGACGAGACCUGCAUGCAGAUGGAUGAGGUGCUAUCAGGUGUGGCUGAGACCAUAAAGAACUUUGCAGUGAUCUACCUUGUUGACAUCACCGAGGUUCCUGAUUUCAACACCAUGUACGAGUUGUAUGACCCAUCGACGGUGAUGUUCUUCUUCCGGAACAAGCACAUCAUGAUUGAUCUUGGGACAGGAAACAACAACAAGAUCAACUGGGCCAUGAAAGACAAGCAAGAGUUCGUCGACAUUGUGGAGACUGUGUACAGGGGAGCUCGGAAGGGCCGUGGUCUGGUGAUUGCUCCAAAGGAUUACUCCACCAAGUACCGUUACUAG